AGACAAUAGGGCUUGAUUUAUUCAUAUAUAAACAGAAAAGUAUAUUCGACCCUAACCCUCGUCAUUUCCAUUUCUAAUUAACUUUGAAUUUUUCUUGCUCUGUAAUCUAUAAUGGCGAAAGGUCCUGGACUCUAUUCGGACAUUGGCAAAAAUGCUCGUGAUCUUCUUUACCGAGAUUAUCAGACUGAUCAUAAGUUCAGCAUCACUACCUAUUCCCCUACUGGCGUUGCUAUUACUUCAAGUGGCACAAAGAAAGGUGAUUUGUUCCUUGCGGAUGUUACUACACAAUUGAAGAAGAACAAUGUUACAACCGAUAUUAAAGUGGACACCAAUUCCAAUUUGUUGACUACCAUUAGUGUUGUUGAGGCUGCUCCAGGAUUGAAAACUAUACUGAGUUUCAGAGUUCCUGAUCAGAGAUCUGGCAAGCUUGAACUUCAAUACCUGCAUGACUAUGUGGGAAUAUGCACCAGUGUCGGUUUGACAGCAAACCCGAUUGUAAACUUCUCGGGUGUGAUUGGGACUAAUGUGUUAGCCUUGGGAACUGAUGUUACAUUUGAUUCUAAAGCGGGAAAUUUUACUAAGUGCAAUGCUGGACUGAGCUUUUCAAAUGCUGAUUUGGUUGCUGCACUUACAAUUAAUGACAAGGGUGACAGUCUAAAUGCAUCUUACUACCACCACAUUAAUCCGAUGAGCAAAGCAUCUGUUGGUGCUGAGGUGACUCAUAGCUUCUCAAGCAAUAAGAACACUGUCACUCUCGGUGCCCAACACGCCAUUGAUCCAUUAACCAACAUUAAGGGGCGUAUCAAUAACUUCGGCAAGGUUAGUGGACUUAUUCAACAUGAAUGGCGUCCAAAGUCACUUGUUACCAUUUCUGCUGAGGUGGAUACUAGAGCCAUUGAGAAGACUGCAAAGGUUGGAUUGGCUUUGGCUCUUAAGCCUUGAAUGUUAUACUGAUCAGUUUGAUUUCAGUAAUUCAGUCUCAUGUUCUUUUUUGACAUAAUUUUUGGCAUUGAAAACAUGAUAUAAUGAUUUACAAACUUUCGCUGUUACUUGUUAGCUCAGCUGGUAAAUCCAGCAGUUAUGUUGAAUAAUUUGGUGGGUGGCAGAUUUUUUCUGAGAUCUAGGAGAACAUAUUUGAGUUGAAUUGAAGUUUUACUCGGAUUAGUUUAUAAUCACGACCUUUUUAAUUGAAAUUUCCAGCCUUCGAUUUUUGUUUUUGGU